AUGCCGGCAAGUUCGCCGGGCCCGGAUGGGCGCACGAAGCUGGCAAAAGUGAAGGGUAAAAGCAGUCCAGGAAAGCUCUCUGCGUCUACGUCUGGCGCUCUGCAGCCAGACAUCGACUGGAGGGUUUUUGGCCUGGACUUGGAGACGGGCUCAGCUGGUGCGGCCAGAUCUCCCGUCCCUCCACCGCCCAGGCUUGGAAGCGGACCAGGUGGUGCAGUGUCAUCGCAGAAACGAAGCACAGUUGGUGUCAGGUUGGAUAGCUUGGACAACUUUCACCCAGCAGCGGCCUUCGAUUCUGUCGACCUGUCACACCUGAAGUCCGUAACGAAGCGAUCACCAGGUUAUCAGGAACAUUUGCCGCCACUGUUGACCCUGCUGGACGAGCGUGGUAUCGACUAUAGUCGGCCAAAUGCGGAGAGAGAUAUUCCACUGCCUCUGGAGGCUUUCGAGGAUUCCACAAUGUGGACGCGAACUCCAGAGGAGUGGCAACAAGUCUUGCAGGAUCCAUCUGGACACACAGAUCCAUUAGCAUGUACAGCCUUGCGUACGAUGGAAGAUGGAAGUGGACGAUGGCAGAGCGGCAGCGUUUUGAGCUGGGAUGCCGCGAGCCGACGUUACAAUGUCAGAUGGGUGAAUGGGCAAGAGGACAAGGUCCUCAGUCUUCACGUAUUUUUUGAGGGAGACGAUCCUGUGGUUUUCGCAGACCGUUUGAAGAAAGCUUUGGAGCAGAGGAGGUAUGCGAACAGCCUCCUCAAGUAUCAUUUCUUUGUUGAUAGUAUGCCAGAAGAUCGUUCGCGCAAGAUUGGACGCGAGUCCAUGUCGAGAAUUUCACGACUAGCCAAAGGGAUGUUGUGGGAUGCCAAUUCAGAAUUUGCUGACAAGCUUGGUGGCAAGCUGGAAACAUUGCUGCAGGAGGCGCAACGGGAGUAUAUUCGCGUUCAAAACUUGAUUACGUUUGAAAAGGUUCGCAGCCAGGGAAACCUGACAGUGCUGCCCGCGGAUUUGAAGCUGCCGCCACCUCCCGAGGCAGCAGCCGUGCCAUACAUGGCAGUCAAGGUAUUACCUUCAUGGGACACCCAGACCAUGGGCGCUCCAGAUCCACAAGUACCCCGUGGAUUUCGGCAAGCCUUUGAGUGGUUCUGCAAGGCUUCUUUGGCCAUUAGACCCGAGGUCUGUGCAGCCCUCCAGGUCACACGGGGCAUGUGCCUGGACCUCCUCACAGAGAAAGUUUUCGAGACGGCUUUCACCUCACCGCUUCGUCUCCAGGAGUUCUCAGAGCGGCAGGAAGCAUCCAUCAUGCGCCUAAAGGGCCGCCUGGGGAUGUGGGUGAACACCAUCCGCAUGCGAAUAACGCAGUGCCUGCAACAGGCAGCUGUUAAAUGGUAUCACCUGAACGAGACGUCGCUGGAGAACUAUAGGGCAAGCCGUUUGCGGCCGAUGUUGGUUUGCUGUGGGCUGAUGAUGUCAAACGCCUUUCUUCUGCUGGGCGAGGACAACUUGGCGUCGUUUGUCCAGGUUCUGGAGGCCUUGACGCCUUGCAGGGUGGAGAUGGCCGGGGACAGAACGGUUCUGCGAUCCCUCCGGAACAUCGUGAAAGAGGGCAACAAGGAAGAGACGGCUGUGGAUCCUGCCUUGAAAAAGGCGUUGUUCAAGGUAGAGAUCAUGAUCAACCCCGAGAUUGCAGCGAAAGCUGCUGCAGCGGCCGAAGCGGCUGCUGCGGCAGAGGAAAAGAAGAAGAGCGAGAAGAAAGGAAAGGAGAAGGGCAAGGAGGACGAGAAGAAGCCAGAAGAGCCUCCCACCUUGCACUUCGCCUACAAGACCGACCUGACGGAGCUGAAGCAGGCCGUUCUCAGCAUCUUCGACAAGGGCAUGGCAUCCUUCAGGGAUGUUCACAGCAUCGAAAGUGUGCUGUUGCCGCACCUCAUUCGAGAUCACCAUCUGGAUCCGAUCUUCACACCUACCGAUGCUUGGGUGCAAGAUCUCCGCAUGCGGGUGGAGGAGACCGUGGCCAAGCAGGAGCCCUGGCUUAAGGGCAUCCUGGAAGCCCUGGAAAGCUUCAAGGAUGUGGUGCAGAUGGACCCCGAGGCAGCGGCCAAUCGACUGCAGACGGAACCCCAACCGCCUGCAACAGUGAAAAGCAUGAUCGAAGAGAGAAAAGAGCGAAUUCGCCAGAUUCAAGAAUCAAUUCCAGACGACAAGGAGUCUGUGAAUGUUGGCUUCUACCGGAUAGAGUCGGGUUCCAUCCGCAACCAGUUGAUCGACAAACUCGAGCAGUCAGUUCAACUGCUGUUGAAGUACCUGGCGGACACGCUGGAAGUCAACAUUCACGAAGCUACAGCUGCCUUCGAAGGCAUCUUUGCCAAGCUUCAAACGCAGGUGUCCACCAUCGAGGAAUGCUCCGACAUGAAGGACUUCUUGAAGUCCAUUCCCAGUGAGCUUGCCAAGCUUGCUGGGGCGGUGAACGAAGCCAUCUCUUUGACCGACUUAGUCGAAGAGCUGCGCUACGAGCUGCCGGUCGAGACGCUGGAAGCGCGGUGGGAGAUGUUUGGAUCCUCUGGGCUCGUGAAGUCAAGGGCAGCGAAGUGCCUGGAGUACCUGAACACCAAACAUGACGAGUUCCUCCAGGGCCAGGAGACUGAACAGAAGGAGUUCGAGACUCGAUUGGUCCGCCUGGAGGAGGUCAUCGAGGGCUUUUCGCAGUACAAAGACCUUGCUCAAGUCCGGGAAGUGGCGGAGAAGGUCCGCAGCACGUCCGAGGAGAUCAAGCAAUGCCAGGAUCUGGUCCGCAUGUUCAACUCUCGCGAGGUUCUCUUUGACAGGGACCAGACGGACUACUCGAAUUUGAACACCAUGAUCAAGACCUUCGAGCCGUACAACAACUUGUGGAAAACGGCCGGCGACUGGGUCAACAACAAGGAGGCAUGGCUUCGGGGCCCGUUUGACGAGAUCGAUCCACGCUACUGUGAGAACGAGGUGACGAACGGCAUCCGGUUGCUGUUCAAGACGAUUCGCACGUUGAAGGAAAACGAAGAAACGAAGUCCAUCUGCGGCAUUGCCGAGCAGAUCAAAACAGAGCUUGAAGAGUUCAAACCGAAUCUACCGCUGGUGACCGGUCUCCGCAACGAGGGUAUGCGGCAGAGACACUGGGAACAGAUCUCAGACAAGUCGAACGUCCAAGUGGGACCCGGCAUGGACGGCGGCUUUACCUUGCAAAGGAUGCUCGACCUGGGCCUCCUGAACUUCGCCAACGAGGUCGCUGAAGUCGGAGAUCGUGCUGGUAAGGAGUAUGGCUUGGAAAAGACGCUGAACAAAAUGAAGGCAGACUGGGAGCCCUUGCAGUUUGACUUGUCAGAGAAGUACAGGAAGACAGGGACAUAUGUGCUGAAAGGGGACGGAGAGGCAAUGGUUCUUCUUGACGAGCACAUCGUGACCACACAGGCGAUGAUGUUCUCCACCUUCAAAGGCCCUUUCGAAGAGGACAUCGAUGAGUGGAACACACGUCUCAUGCGUGUGUCAGAGACGCUUGAAGAGUGGUUGAAGUGCCAAAAGGCCUGGAUGUAUCUCCAACCCAUCUUCGACUCAGAUGACAUCAUGCGCCAGCUUCCGACAGAGGGCAAGAGGUUCAAGCACGUUGAUGCGACUUGGCGCCAGGAGAUGAUCAACACCCGGGAGAACCCGAAGAUCAUUGACAUCUGUGCCACGGAAGGUUUGCUGGAGAAGUGGCGUGAAUGCAACAUUACUCUGGACAUGGUGCAGAAGGGCUUGGAGGAUUAUUUGGAAACGAAGCGGAAUGGCUUCGCACGUUUCUAUUUCCUGUCCAAUGACGAGCUCUUGGAGAUCUUGUCGCAAACGAAGGAUCCCACGAGAGUGCAGCCCUUUUUGUCGAAAGUUUUCGAGGCCAUGUCCAAGGUUACCUUCACUCCAGACAAUGAGAUCUCCCUCAUGGUGUCACCAGAGGGAGAGACGGUUGACAUGGUCGCACCCGUGGUCACGCACCAGAAGGCCGUGGAAGUUUGGAUGGGGGACUUGCAGGAUGGCAUGUGCGGAGCUAUCCGCAAUGCUCUCCAGGUGGGUAUUGGCUCCUAUCCGACCAUGGAUCGCACCGACUGGGUCCUUUCCAAUCCGGCACAGAUCGUGUUGAAUGGCUCACAGGUCUUCUGGACCUCAGAAGUGGAAGAAGCCUUCGACGGUGGCACGCUCCCUGACUACGCGAAGAAGCUCUCGCAGCAGAUCCUGGAUCUCAUCAUGCUUCUGCGGAAAGGGGUGACGAAGCUCCAGACAAAGACAAUGAAUGCUUUGAUUGUCAUUGAUGUCCAUGCAAAGGAUGUCAUCUGGGGGUUUGUCGAGCAGGGUGUCAAGGACAAGUUCUCCUUCGAAUGGAUCUCCCAGCUUCGAUACUACUGGGAAGUCGAUGACAGACAGCAGGAAAAUAUGUGGGUCAAGUGUGUCCAGACAUCGUUUCCGUACGGAUAUGAGUACCUGGGCAACUCCAUGAGACUGGUCAUCACUCCUUUGACGGAUAUGUGCUACAUCACUCUGAUGGGCGCUCAGUCUUUGAGCUUGGGCGGUGCUCCAGCGGGCCCGGCCGGAACUGGAAAGACGGAGACCACGAAGGAUCUGGCCAAGGCACUGGCGAAGCAGUGCGUCGUCUUCAAUUGCUCUCCAGAGAUGGACUACAUCAUGGUGGGAAAGUUCUUCAAAGGUUUGGCUUUUUCUGGAGCCUGGUGCUGCUUCGAUGAGUUCAACCGCAUCAACAUCGAGGUGUUGUCCGUCAUCGCCCAGCAGCUGAUGGUCCUGUUCGGCAAGAAAGCAGAGCUGGGCAGCUACAACGACACGGUUGAGCUUGAGUUUGAGGGGACCCUCAUUGUCAUGAAGCCAACGUUCAACGUGUUCAUCACCAUGAACCCAGGCUAUGCUGGACGUGCAGAGCUUCCCGACAAUCUGGCAGCCCUUUUCCGGCCUGUCGCCAUGAUGGUGCCAGAUUAUGCCCUCAUCGGUGAAAUCAUGUUCUACGCCUACGGAUUUACGGAGGCAAAGAUCCUGGCAAAGAAGAUGGUGACGACCUUCACCCUGUCUUCCGAGCAGUUGUCUUCACAGUUUCACUACGACUACGGCAUGCGAGCUGUGAAGAGCACGAUCGAGAUGUGCGGUAAGCUGAAGCGCGAGGUGGGCGACCAGCUCCCGGAAGAUCAGAUCACCUUGCGAGCGCUGCGAGACGUCAACGUUCCCAAGUUCUUGAAGGACGACCUGCCGUUGUUCGAGAACAUUAUUUCAGAUCUCUUCCCGACCACGGAACGACCGGUGGUUGAGUAUGGCAACCUAACGCCUGUGAUGGAAGCUUGUGGAAAGGAGCAGAAUAUUCAGCUCACGGACAACUUCACGGUCAAGGUGGUGCAACUCAUCGAUACGAUCGGCGUUCGACACGGCCUCAUGCUUGUGGGUCCGACUGGAGGCGGCAAGACGUGCAACUACCGCCUGCUCCAAGCUACCUCCAUUGCCAUGUGCGAGGCCGGCGACUCGAAGUACCAGAAGGUGCAGACGCACAUCCUGAACCCCAAAGCAAUCACCCAGGCACAGCUCUAUGGAGCCUUCGACGAGGUCACCCGAGAGUGGUCGGAUGGAGUGGCCAGUGAGUGCGUGCGCACAGCUGUGGCCAGCGGGAAGUCAGGUUCACCAGAUAAUCACUGGGUGAUCUUCGACGGGCCUGUGGAUGCUCUGUGGAUUGAGUCCAUGAACACCGUCUUGGACGACAACAAGAAGCUGUGCCUCACAUCCGGAGAGAUCAUUUCACUGACCCCUCAGAUGAGGAUGGUGUUUGAGGUGGAGGAUCUGUCUGUUGCUUCUCCUGCCACCGUCAGCCGGUGCGGUAUGGUCUACAUGGAACCCUCCGCCCUGGGCAACGAACCCUUGAUCCAGUCCUGGGUAGAGAGGUUGCCAAGCACCUUCAAGCAGGAGAUGGCAGACAAGCUAAAGGAGCUGAUGCUGGCCUACACUCUGCCGAUGAUCAGAACUGUCCGGAAGCUGACGAAGGAGCCAUCCAUGACGGUCGACAACAAUCUUUGCCAGUCGCACUUCAGGCUGAUGGACUGCUACUUCUACCAGUACAUUCCAACUGAGGCCAAGACACCGAGCCCCGAAGAAAUCAACAAGUUGCAGUCCCACCUCGUGCCGCUCUAUUUCUUCACGCUCAUUUGGUCUAUUGGUGCGACGUGCGACAACAAAGGGCGACAAAUCGUCAACGACAGGCUCUGGGAGCUCGUGCAAGAAACGGGCAUCCAGGUGGGCAGCCUGGACAGCUCAAAGUUCUGGUAUGAUUACAUUUAUGAGAUGGAGGGCGAGCGUGAGGGCCAGUGGACGCCGUGGCUCACUUUUGCGCCGAAGUACUCGGUGCCACCCCGCUCGGAGUACCAGAACAUUGUCGUGCCAACCGUCGACUCCGUCCGACUCACCCACACGUUCUCGACCCUCGUGCUCAAGGACAAGCACGUCAUAGUGGCGGGCCAGACAGGGACGGGCAAAUCUGUCUACGUGUCGCUUUGGCUUCAGAAGGAUGCGCCCGAGUCCAUCACCCCGAUCUUCAUCAACUUUUCUGCCCAGACCCAUGUGAACCAGCUGCAGGACCUCCUGGACUCCAAAUUUGAGAAGAGACGUCGUGGAGUUUACGGUCCACCUGCGGGAAAGAAGAAUGUCAUCUUCAUCGAUGACUUGAACAUGCCAAAGAAGGAGUACUAUGGAGCUCAGCCUCCCAUAGAGCUCAUUCGGCAGUGGAUGGACUACAACGGCUGGUACAACCGCAAGGAGCUGAAAAUGCAGGAGAUCAUUGAUAUCGUCCACGUGUCUGCCAUGGGCCCCCCCGGUGGUGGCCGAACCGAAAUCUCUGGGCGCUUGAAGAGGCACUACAACGCGGUGGUUGCUGCCGACAUGUCACGGGAUUCCAUCUUUGGCAUCUUCUCCACCAUCUUGGACUACUUCCUGCAGCAGGGUUUCGAAAAAUCCAUCGUGGACCUGAAGGACAACAUAGUGAACUGCUCCAUCGACAUCUUCGAAGCAGCCGGCAACGACCUUUUGCCGACGCCCUCCAAAAGUCACUACACCUUCAAUCUGCGUGAUAUUUGGAAAGUAUUCCAAGGCAUUUGCUCCCUGAAAUCGAAGAAGGUUUCGGACCCCCUAGUGGUGACCCGCUGCUUUUGCCACGAGAACGUCCGAGUGUACGGGGAUCGACUCACGACGGUGGAAGAUCGCGCCUGGCUCCAAGGAAAGCUUGAAGGCCACCUCAGCAAUUCCUUCGGUGUGAGCCCCGCCCAAGUCUUCGAUAAAGAGCGGUUGGUGUUUGCAGACUUCAUGAGCCAGAGUGGUGACCGCUUCUACGGAGAGGUGGAAAGUAUGACAACCAUGAAGGCCACGAUGGAAGGCUUCCUGGACGACUACAACAACAUGUUCUCUGUCCCGAUGCCGCUCGUGAUGUUCGCAGAUGCUUGCGAGCACGUGGCUCGAGUCUGCCGGGUCUUGCGGCAGCCUAACGGCAAUGCCCUGCUCCUUGGUGUCGGAGGAUCUGGACGACAGUCCCUCUCCCGGCUUGCCAGUUUCAUGUCGGAGUAUGACAUCUUCCAGAUCGAUGUUGUCAAGGGCUACGGCAUGACAGAGUUCAAGGAUGACUUGAAGACCUGCUUGAUGAAAUGUGGCAAUGAACAGAAGCCGACCACUUUCCUUUUCGCAGACACGCAGAUUGUGAAUGAACAGAUGGUCGAGGCCAUCAACAAUGUUCUAAACAGUGGCGAUGUUCCCAAUCUGUACAAGAACGAGGACAUGGACUCCAUCAUGCAAGCAUGCCGGGCUGCAUGCCAGCAGGCUGGCAUUCCGCCCACAAAAGCCAACGUCUUCAGCACUUAUCUGGGUCGAGUGAAGGCAAACGUGCACGUCGUGCUGGCCUUCUCUCCAGUUGGCGACGCUUUCCGCACGCGACUGCGCAUGUUCCCGUCCUUGGUGAACUGCUGCACCAUUGACUGGUUUGCUGAGUGGCCAGCAGAGGCGUUGUACAGUGUUGGCAAGCAGCAGAUGACGCUGGAGGACCUGCAGCUGCCGAACUUGGAAGGUAUCUUGAAGGCUUUUUCCGUGGUGCAUCAGUCGGUGGAGCAAGCUGCCAAGAAGACCAUGGAAACCGUGAGGCGGGCCAUCUACAUCACUCCAACAUCCUACCUGGAGUUGAUUUCUUCCUUCAAGAAGGUGCUGGCUCUGAGACGGGACGCCGUCGGCACUCUGAAGAACCGGUUGCAAAAGGGCUUGGAUGCCCUUGGAGCUGCGGCCUACGCUGUAGCCAACAUGCAAUCCGAGCUCGAAGCUAAGCAGCCGGUGCUGGAGGAGACCAAGGUGAAGGUGGCUGAGAUGAUGGUCGUCAUUACUGAAGACAAAGCCAAGGCAGCGGUCACGAAGGAAGAAUGCCAGAAGGUCGAGACGGAAGCUCAAGAGCAAGCGGGAAAAGCCACUGCCAUCAAAGAGGAUGCCGAGAAGGAUUUGAAUGAAGCUCUGCCUGCUCUCAACGUGGCUGAAAAAGCCUUGAAGGCCCUCAAGCUCUCGAGCUUGCAGGAAAUCAAAGCUUUGGGCAAGCCUCCAGAUGGCGUCCGACUGACCUUGGAGGCUGUCUGCGUGAUGUUUCAGGUCAAGCCCAUCAAGAAGAACGACCCGAACCAGCCCGGAAAGAAGAUUGACGAUUACUGGGAGGCUUCGCAGAAAGGGCCUCUGAGCGACCCGAAGAAGUUGCUGGAUGACCUCUUCGAGUUCGACAAGGACAACAUCGCCGAGCCUGUAAUUAAGAAGAUCGGAGAAUACGUGGAUCGGGAGGAUUUCGAUCCUGCUGCCAUCAAGAAGUCCUCGGUGGCUUGUGAAGCCCUCUGCAUGUGGACGAGGGCCAUGCACAAGUACCACUUCGUGGCAAAGGCCGUGGAGCCCAAGCGGAGGAUGUUGGCGGAUGCAGAAGCCAGCCUGGAGAUCACCAUGACGAAGCUUCGCAAUGCCCAAGCGGAGUUGAAGGCCGUAGAAGACAAGCUGGCGCAGCUUGAGGCCGACUACAACGCCGCCGUUGCAAAGCAGGACCAGCUUGCACAUGAAAUGGAGAUGUGCGUCAUCAAGUUGGCAAAUGCAAACAAGCUGAUCGAUGGUCUAGGUGGAGAGAAAGAUCGCUGGUCCGCGACCGUCGACUCGCUGACAGUCGAGUACGAGCUCUUGCCAGGGGACUCCCUGAUUGCUGCAGGCAUGGUGGGCUAUGCCGGCCCCUUCGCUGGAGAGUUCCGGCAACACUUCGAGAAGCUGUGGUUGAACACCGAGGACGAAGUGGGCAUCACGCACAAGAAGGGGGCGAGUUUGGUGAAUGUCCUUGGUCAGCCGGUUGUCAUCCAGCAGUGGGCUGUUUGCAGCCUUCCGAAUGACAAUUUGUCGGUUGAGAACGGAAUCAUCAUUGCGACUGCGAGGCGAUGGCCACUGAUGAUCGAUCCGCAGAGACAGGCCAACAAGUACAUCAAGCUCUAUGGAAAGAUGGUCAGCGAGCAGGGGAUGGGAACAUGCAAGCUCUCGGACCCGAACCUAUUGCAGACGGUGGAGCUGGGAAUCCAGUUUGGAAAAUGGAUCCUGUUGGAGAACAUCGGUGAACAAUUGGAUCCUGCUCUCGAGCCUGUCCUGCAACAACAAAAGAUUCGGGAUGGCACCUCCUUUGUCAUCAAACUGGGUGACAAGAACGUUGCCUAUGAUGACAAGUUCCGUUUCUUCAUGACCACUACGCUUGCGAAUCCACACUAUUCGCCGGAGACGUCGGUGAAGGUCACCCUGCUGAACUUUGCCAUCACGCCCGAGGGUUUGCAGGACCAGAUGUUGGGAAUCGUAGUCGCAAAGGAGCAGCCCGAGAUGGAAGAGAAGAAGCAGGAGCUCGUAAAGAAUGGAGCUGCCAUGAACAAGCAGCUGAAGGACAUCGAGGAUGAGAUUUUGCGGCUGCUUUCUGCGGAUGGCGACAUCUUGGAGAGCAAGGAGCUGAUCGACACGCUUGAAUACUCCAAAAAGACCUCUGCGGUCAUCAACAAGGCCAUGGAGGAGGCCAAGGUGACGGAGGUGGAGAUCGACGAAGUGCGAAGGUCCUACAAAGACUAUGCAUUCCGGUCACAGCUGCUCUUUUUCGCAGUCAGCGAGAUGAGCAUCAUUGACCCAAUGUACCAAUUCAGCUUGCAGUGGUUUCAACAGUUGGCUGGACUUGGCAUAGACAAUGCUCCUGCUGGUGAGACACCGACGCAGCGACUGGCAAACCUGAUCAGCUACUUCACCUACUCCAUUUACCAGAGUGUUUGCCGUGGCCUUUUCGAGAAGCACAAGCUUCUCUUCUCUUUCAGCCUGACAAUGAAGAUCAUGAACGGUGAGGGACGCCUGGAUGCCAACGAGGCUCGAUUUCUCAUGGCCGGUCCGACUGGCGAGGUCAAGGGUGGCCCUCCCAACCCGGCUGAGAGCUGGCUGACUUCCAAGUCCUGGAACGAGGUCUUGUCCCUUGCGCAGCUGCCGGCCUUUUCGGGAUUUGAUGCCUUCUUCGCGUCAAAUGUCAAAGGGUUUCAGCGAAUCUAUGAUGCGCCGGAGGCGGACCAGGAGCCGAUUCCAGGUGAGUGGAACGGGCGGAUGAGUCCUUUCCAAAAGCUCUGCUUCCUCCGAACCCUCAGGCCUGACAGAGUGCAGACCUCCGUGCUUGACUUCGUGGCUCACGACAUGGGUUCGAAAUUUGUGGAACCUCCGGUUUUCGACAUCGCCAUUUCCUACGAGGAUUCCACGAAGAUGUCGCCGUUGAUUUUCGUGCUCUCUGCAGGGAGCGAUCCAGUUGCUGACAUGCUGGCAUUUGCCGAAGCAAGUGGGAUGAGCGCCAAGCUCGAAAGCAUAUCGCUGGGGCAAGGGCAAGGUCCAAAGGCCGCCCGAAUGAUCGACAAGGCGAGGGAAGCAGGUGGAUGGGUUCUCCUUUGCAACUGUCACUUGUCAAUCUCCUGGCUACCCGAGCUGGAGCGCAUCUGCGAGCAGAUGAACCCUGAAGAAACAGAUAACAACUACCGGCUGUGGCUGACCUCCAUGCCCACGAAGCAGUUUCCCGCCCUACUGCUCCAAAAUGGUGUCAAGAUGACGAACGAGCCGCCCAAAGGCUUGCGAGCAAACGUCCUGGGAUCGAUGAUGAAGUGCGAUGACCGAAUGCUUUCAGAUUGCGAGAAACCCGAAGCGUACGCUCGCCUUGUGUUCGGCUUCUGCUUCUUCCACGCCGUGUGCCAGGACAGGCGCAAGUUUGGGCCCAUCGGAUGGAAUAUCCCGUACAACUUCACGCCCGAAGAUCUGACGACCAACCGAAGGCAGCUGAAGUACUUCCUUGACAACUUCAACGAGAUCCCGUACACUGUGCUCCAGUUCCUUGGAUCCAGGAUCAACUACGGAGGGCGUGUCACGGACAAGAAGGACAAGGUGUUGAUUGACUGCCUCAUCAAAAUCUUUAUCUGCGAGGAUGUUGUCGUGAAAGGCGAGAAGUACAAGUUCUCGCAGGGCGGCUUGUUCUACUGCCCCAACGCCUCUUCGCAGGACGAGUUCCUUGCCUACUUGCGCGGCCUGCCAUACAUGACACCGCCCGAGGUCUUCGGAUUGCAUGAAAACUGCGAGAUUACCUGUGCAGAGGCAGAGUCAAUGGCCAUGCUGGCAGAUGUGAUGGCUCUGAAUGCUGCGGGAGGCUCUGGCAGUUCCGGUGGCGGCAAAUCUGCGGAUGAGGUUAUGGACGAGAUGGCUGCUGAGUUGGAGAAGCAAACGCCGACUCCAUGGGAUUUGGACCUUUGGGAGGAUCGCUUCCCGACGAAGUACGAGGAGUCGCGAAACACAGUGGUAAAGCAAGAGGCUGCGAAGUACAACAAGCUACUUGCCCUGCUGAAAGCACAGCUUCCUCUCUUCCGCCGAGCUGUGAAAGGGUUUGUAGUCAUGACUGACGAGCUGGAAGCGAUUGGGAAGGGCUUCUUCAUGAAUGCCGUUCCAGAAGGCUGGGCUGGUAUUGGUUUCCUGUCCCUGAAGCCGUUGACGUCUUGGUACAAGGAUUUGAAUGACCGAAUUGACUUCUUCAAUAAGUGGUAUGAUGGAGGCCAUCCUAUUUCGUUCUGGCUCCCUGGUCUGUUUUUCCCACAGGCAUUUCUCACUGCCGUGAUGCAGAACUUCGCCCGUGCUCACAAGUACCCGAUCGACCGCAUCGACUUUGAUAUCGAGGUUCGGGAUGAUGUCCGCCUCGACGGAAGUGAUUUAACGGAGCAUCCAGAGGCUGGAUCUUACAUGUAUGGACUCUUUUUAGAGGGCUGCCGCUGGGAUGACAGCCUCCAUGCCCUGGCUCCGUCGAUGCCCAAGGUGCUUUUCACCCAGGUCCCGGUCGUUCAUUUUAUCCCCACCUUGGACUUCAAGGGCAAGCCUGGAGUGUAUCCCUGCCCCGUCUACAAGGUGCUAAGCAGAAAGGGUACGUUGUCCACCACUGGCCACAGUACAAAUUUUGUGCGGGACAUGAUCCUGCCCACUGUGGACAAUCCAGAUGUGUGGAUCCGCGCAGGAGUUGCGGCCUUCUUGGCCCUGAAGUAUUAG